AGAUUCCGGAUGAGGAAAAGCGGAGACAAAAGCCCAAACUUUGCGUGAAGCUAUGAAUGAAUUCUUAUUCUUCGAAGAAAUCCGAAGUGGAAAAUAAUGGAAAGCAGCAGUCGCAGCAGAAUCAGCGCCGAGGAGGUGAUUUCAAAGCUCAAGGACGAUGGAGACUUCGACAGGCUUCGUCUCAAGAUCAUCCGCAAGCUCAAAGAAGAUGAAGACUUGCGUAAUAAUAUUAUUUCAAUGGUUAAGCAGUCAGAAGCACUUAAUAGCCAAGGAGCUGAAAAUUUGAAACCUAGACAACUUUCUGAUGCCAUUCAUGAAGAGAUUGGCGACAAAGUGAUGGCCCAAAUUUCUGAUGGGUUGUGGACUGUGAUCAGAUCAGGGGAUGGCAUGAAAAGUGAGAUUACAGAUACAGUAAAAUCUGUGUAUGAUAAGUUAGCUAACCCAAAAGGGAAGGAAGUGGACAUGUCAUCCCUUGCCAGUGACCCGAGAUCAGUUGACAAACAAGCUGCCAUAAACGAUCCACUCACAGCAUCUAUCUCUGGAAGAGAUGAUACAUCAUCAGACAGUGAUCCAAAAGAACCACCUGGUUUCUCCCCACCCAAUCAUGAGCAAGCCAAAAACCAAUGUGAAGAACCAAAAGAACACCUGCAACUUCCUGUGCAUCACCAAGAAAAACAUGCAGGACAGAAGGAAGAACCACAUCAUAUGCAUGAAGAGUUGCAGCCGGAUGAUAGUGAUCCCAGUGUCCCACCUGGCUUUGGUCCAAUAUUAUGUCACCAGCAAACAUGUGAUGGUAGUGAUGAAGAUCCUGAUGUGCCUCCUGGUUUUGGUUGAUAGUCUGGUGCACAAGCCUCCGUCUGUUGUCUCAUUGUUUAGCCGCGUUACCAAACUGUUAUGUAUUGACAAGACUGGCUUACCAUGCGCUGCAAGUUUGAAAUGGGAUUUGAUGGAUUUGAUGAUCAAUGAGAGAUCAUGCGAAACCACUUGUUGGAUGGUUUUAAGCUCCAACUACUACCAAUAGCUCUUUCUGCUUUAGUGUUGUCUGUCACUUUAUUUUACAUGGUUUUAUUUCUAGGCUCCUCUGUAUCAAUGACUUGUGUUUCUGUCGCAGAAGGGUUUGCUUCUUAUGAUUUAAGACAUUAAGCUUUUAGCCAAGUGGAGUGGGGCUGACCAGCAAAUUGAAAAAAAGACAAGUGUAUUUUUUGGAGUCGCAUUCAUAUAUUUUCCUGAUUGUAACCUCAGUAGUGUGGGAUUGUUGUAUUUGAAAGGUUUUUAAAUGAAUUUAAGAUUUAUAAUUCCUCAA